GUUUCACAUUUCCCCAAAAUAAUCACUGUCCAGCCUUUGCACCGCAUUGUUUAAAUUACUCGCCUUUGGUUGACGCUAGGUAAGCUGGCUAGGUAGCUCAGUUGCUAAAGGAUGGACUCUAAGCGAGACAAGGACCAAGAUGCAGACAUUGAGAAAAUUACCGCUGUGCUGCUCAAGUCCCGGACGGGUGAAUUCGAUUUGGAGUCGAUACUGUUCCUCAAAUUCAGAAGUCAUGGGAUACAUGAUCUUGGAUGUAUUGGGGAAUGCAUAAAUUUGGAGAGACUGGACCUUUCUGGGAAUAAAAUCACAAACUUGGCUCCUCUGGCUUCUCUUCGGCUUCUCGGAGUGCUCAAUUUGUCUGCUAACAGGAUUUCCAAUUUAGAGCCCCUGUCCAGCUGUGAUAGCUUACAGAGCUUAAAUGUGGCUGGUAAUCUUAUAUCCAGUAUUGAAAACCUUCACUGCCUUCAGUCUCUGAGAAAGCUAGAGAACAUACGACUAAAAGACAACACUUACAAUUACUCCAAUCCAGUGUGCAGGAACUCAUCAUAUAGAACUGUGCUUCUUGAGAUGUUCCCCAACAUUAAAGUGCUUGAUGGUGAAAGAGUGGUCGGACGUGGAAGUGACUUGUACCAGUUAUGUAAAGACAUCGAUGACACCAUUAAAGCUGGUUCAUACAAGAAUGGACAGGUUCCUGAUCAUGCUGAUUGCAAGCCAUGGGUGGAGGAUAGUUAUUGGGAGAUAAAGAGAUCAAACAGCGCCAUUAUUGAUGAAGCCUACAAACAGUUCAAUGAUGUUCUUCAUGAAUGCAGACUCCUCAACAACAGAGCAACACACAUGAUUUCACAAACUGAAAGAUCUCUGAGCCUAAAGAAGCAGCCAAAGCAGUACGCUGUCUGAAAUGGGCUACUUGGACACAUUCAUGUGUGAUUUUUCAUUUUUAAAAUAUAAAAAUAUAUAUUGCUAUUAUAUGUACUGUAGGGUUUUCAAAUUACUAAGCUAAUAUCCAAAUGCUUGACUGAGCAUCAUUGCCAGACAUAUGCUUGGUGUUGCAUUGUGAGGCCUGUUGAAAUUUUCUCGCAUCCUAUGCAUUAGGUUUCAAACCUUUGUCCAUACUGACACCCCUCAGUUUGGUUCAAAAAUGUGUUUACUUGCACAGUGUGCAUUUUGCACCAUGCUGUAACCUGCAUUUAUGCUGAGAGCUAUGCUGCUUUAGAGUUUGUAUAAGUUUUCGACAAUUCAAAGCUUUUCCAUUUUGCAUUGCUGGAUCAUGUUGGGAUCUAAUUUGUCCCAUAUUGUGUGCUUGCUUUGGGAGUCCAACUUUUUGCAAAAACUGAUUGAAAGAUUUGUUUCAGCUGUUUCUACUUGUUUUAUACCAUAAAGUUUAUUAUGUGUAUAACCAACUGGUCAAAAAAUAUAGUGUUUAUAAAGAUGUACUGUACUUCA